AUGGACGUACGUUCUCUCCAAGGUGUUUUGCACUUCUAUGGUGAAAAUGAUUCAUUACCCAGGUCGAAGUUGGAAAACUUUUUGCAUCUAAUUACAAGUCGACGUCCUCUGUCCAUCGAUAAUGCAGGAAAUCCCUUGGGGAAUGUAGAGUGCAUGUCAAUGCCAGAGCUGCUGUCAGAGUUCGGGCUGGGUAAUGUGUCUCAGGUGAGUGCUGGACAGUUGGAGCUUAUGUGCCCAGCUAUCCUCACUCAGGUCCUGAUUCCCUCCUGUCCCGCCAAUACCCAAACAAACACCCAACCUAUCAACCACGAAGUUUGGGGCUAUGGAUUCCUUGCUGUGACAAUCAUUAACCUGGCUGCUCUGCUGGGUUUGUUCUUGAUUCCUUUCACUAAGAAAUCCUACUUCCCAAAAGUGCUGACCUACUUCGUUGGGCUGGCCAUAGGAACACUGUUCUCCAAUGCUGUCCUGCAACUCAUCCCAGAGGCCCUUGGCUUUGACCCAAAAGCAGACAACUAUGUGGAAAAAGCAGUUGGCAUCUUUGGAGGGUUCUAUCUUCUUUUCUUUGCUGAGAAAAUUCUUAAAAUGGCACUAAAGGUGGAAUCUGAGGUAAGACACGGCCAUGGACACAGUCACUUCCCACCAAUGGAGGCUGCAGAUGUUACUGUCACCAGCUUCAGCAAUGAAAUCGUCAUAAACAGCAUCAGCAACAACAUCACCGCAAACAGCAACAAUGACAUCACCAGUGAUUUCACAAACAACCCCAAUGAAAAGUCCAGUCUCCCAAACAACUCUCCAGACCACGGACAGGAGGUGAACUUUUCCUUGAGCUGUCGCUGGCUGAGAGGGGAACGUGUGUCUAACAUUAAGACAAUGGCUUGGAUGAUCACUCUGAGUGAUGCGCUCCAUAAUUUUGUAGAUGGUUUAGCCAUUGGAGCCUCAUUCACUCUUUCUCUACUGACUGGAUUUAGCACAUCCAUUGCUAUUCUUUGUGAGGAGUUCCCUCAUGAGCUAGGUGAUUUUGUGAUUUUGUUGACCUCUGGGAUGAGUGUGCCACAGGUGGUGUGUUUUAACAUGCUGUCAGCCUGCUGUUGCUACCUGGGCCUCAUGCUGGGCAUCUUACUGGGCAGCAGCUUUGCUCCCAAUGCCAUCUUUGCCAUUGCUGGUGGAAUGUUCCUGUACAUCGCCCUGGCCGACAUGUUCCCAGAGCUGAAUAAUAUUAUGUCAGGGAGCGCGAGAGGGACUAAGGAUAAAGUCAUAUUUUUCCUGGUCCAAAAUGGAGGCAUACUCUCGGGUUUUUGCAUCAUCCUGCUCAUCACCUUGUUCGCCGGAGACAUCAACUUGGGCUAG